UUCAAGUAUCAUUGGUCCUCUGCUCUUCAUUACAUUGACAAUCCUGACAAACUCUUUAGUUACAGCUACAAUAGGGACUGCAAGGAUGAGAAGGGGGAGAAGGGGAGGUGUGUUGAUGGGGCUAUCCAAAAUUACACUACCCAGCUGCUUACUUACAAAUCUGAUCAGUCCUCCAAAUCUGGCUUUCGCCUGACAGAGGCCCUUCUCUUCCUUUCCCAUCUCAUGGGAGAUAUCCACCAGCCGCUUCAUGUUGGAUUCACUUCAGAUAAAGGAGGCAACACCAUUAACAUUCAUUGGUACAAAACGAAGACUGUUCUCCACCAUGCAUGGGAUGACAACAUAAUAUAG